CUUCUGCCUGUGCCAGCAGACGCGCCCCCUUUUAAUAGCAGCUGGUGGCCUGGCAGGUCGCUGUCGUCUCUCGUCGUCGCUGGUUCAAUUCAAUCACCCCCCCGCUCCCCCAACCCUUGAUUCCCGUUCUCCAUGUCGUCGUCGAUCCAGGGCCAGGUCCUCGAGCUCAGAGUGACGGGGUGCAGGAAGCUGCGGGACACGGAGUUCUUCUCGCGCCAGGACCCCUACGUCGUCGUCGAGUACGCCAACACCAAGCUCCGCACCCGCACCUGCACCGAUGGGGGAAGGAACCCGACUUUUGAUGAUAAGUUUCACAUACCACUCAUUGAGGGGCUUCGUGAGCUAAAUAUCAUCGUGUGGAACAGCAACACACUCAGCAAUGAUGAUUUCAUCGGCAGCUGCAGGGUGCAGCUGCACAAGGCACUCACAAGCGGCUACGAUGACUCGUCAUGGCCCCUCCAGACACGCCAUAUGAAGUCUGCGGGGGAAGUGAGGCUCAUUAUGCACUUCGAUGUCUCAGCAAUGAAGAACAAGAUGGCUGGUAAAAGUGCUGCCGCAUCCUCUGCCCAUUCUGUUCCUCCAGUGCCAGCACCCUUGCCAUAUGCUGCCUCCUCACUGUCAUACCCAGCGCCGACAGCAUAUCCUGCUGCACCCCCGCACCAAGCUUAUCCAACUCCUGGCCAUGCACCAUAUCCCACUCCUUCCGCAUACGCAUCUCCACCUCCCCAGCAACCAUGCCCACACCAUGCAUAUCCUCCUACAAGUCAGCCUCCGCAGCCAUAUGGGCAACCAUACCCGCCGCAGCCAUAUGCGCAACCAUACCCGCCACAGCCAUAUGGGCAGCCGUACCCGCCACAGCCAUACGGCCAACCCUACCCACCACCAUCAGCAGCACAAUCUCCAUAUCCACCUGCGCCUUACCCCGGAGUUUAUCCACCGCCACCACCAUAUUGAUCAUAUACCAGCAGCUUCAGUGACCUGGUGUGGCGGAACCAAACAACAAUGAUCUGUUCUGGUGAUACAUGAUGUGCAACAAAACCGUGCCGACCGCCGCAGAGCUGUUUCAUAUGGACCAUAAGUGUACCGAGUCAAGAUGAGAAAUGUUUCCUCUGGGUGAAUCGCGCGAACAGCCUGACAACCAUCAGCAACAUUUAUUUACUCUCUCUUGUAUGCUCUAUAUAAGUAGCUUGCAUAUAUAGCAUCAGUGAUGGAAGUCAGUGCUAUAUGUUUGUGUGGGUUUGCCAAAGGGAGAAUCCACCUUGCUUCUGUUUUGAAGUCAUCAUUAUUGACUGUUCUAUAUACCUGCAAGACUGCAAUGUAGUGCUGACUGCUCGAAUGCGUGUGAAUACAUGUAUCACAAGGUUACAGUAAUACAGUGUAUUGCGCCCUGAGUUGAAACCUGGAGGUGUUUUCUGGUGCUCAAUAAAUUUGCUUUGUUUGAUA